AUUCACCGCAGUCAUACGAACCACCACUGCGCCUCUCGUCUAUCUUCAUCAAUCCCACCCAUCCGCCACCGUGUCCACAACCAUACCAAACCACCUCCACACACCAACACCUAGCAACAUGGCCCAACUCAACUACCGCACCAUCAACACCGACAUCCUGGACCCCGAGUCCUCGAUCAACUUCCCCAUGGACACGCUCCUCCCUUCCACGCUCCCCGCCCCAACCACCUCCAGCGACGCCGCCUCCACCGCAACCCAAGUCCGUCAGCUCCUCCGCGGCGGCGACGCUGAAGGCGCCCUCCGGUACGUCCUCGACACGGCGCCGCUGGGCGGCGACGACCGCGCAAAGGAGGUCCAUUUGGCGACCGUCAUCGAUGUCUUGCAGGGCAUUCGGCAGGGGGAGAUGAGUCGUGUCCUUGAGGGGGUGUGUGUUGGUGAGGGCGGGUCCGAUCGUGCGGAUUGUUUGAUGAAGUAUUUGUACAAAGGUAUGGCGGCCCCAGGGUCAAGUGGUAGCUCCAAGUCCGUGUCGCCGCAGAGUACGGGGUUCUCGCAGAUUCAGGCCCGGAAUUUGGGUGAGGGCGGUGGUGGGCAGCAGAUGAGUGUGUUGUUGAAUUGGCAUGAGAAGUUGGUCGAGGUUGCGGGGACGGGGUCGAUUGUUAGGGUCAUGACGGAUCGGAGGACGGUUUAGUCUUCUUCUUCUUCUUCUUCUUCUUCUUCUUCUUUCUUCCUUGGAUCCUCGAUUGCGCUCUGUUAAAAUCUUUGUAGGUGGUGGUGUAUGUUCUGUUCUGUACUCUUCCUGUCGCGUCAGGAUGAUAUCCUUAGAUGUCUUUCCCGUCCAUAUUAUACACACUAUCAUACAUAACCUUUAUGAUCUCAGCAGGCCACUGUAGCAUCAGAACGAACCACCGCCCAACAAAUCCUUCAAAUUCAACUGUCCAC